GUGGGAGCUCCGGCUCGCGUGGGUCUGAUCGCCCCAAUUGACGUCACUGUCCCUCCAGGCAACACCGGGCUUGACCCCUCUCAGACUUCCUUCUUUCAGGUGCUGAACAUCCCGACCAAGAUCAACAAAGGCACGGUGGAGAUAACGAUGUCGGUGGAGCUGAUCAAGAAGGGCGAGAAGGUGGGAUCGUCCGAAUCCGCGCUUCUCUCGAAGCUCGGCAUCCGUCCUUUUUCCUACGGCCUCAUCGUCACCUCCGUCUACGACGACGGCAGCGUCUUCAGCCCCGAGGUGCUCGACCUCACCGAAGACGACGUCGCUCUGAAGUUCGCUUCCGGGGUCACCAACCUCACUUCGCUCUCGCUGGCCGUCUCGUAUCCGAGUCUCGCCGCCGCGCCGGCCAUGUUCGCUGCUUCGUACAGGAACGUGCUCUCCGUUGCCGUCGAAACCGAGUAUAGCUUCCCCCAAGCCGAGGACGUCAAGGAGUACUUGAAGGAUCCAAGCAAGUUUGCAGCUGCAAUGGCGGCUCCGGCAGCAGCGGCAGCUCCUAGCGGUGGAGGAGCUGCGGCCGGUGGAGGGGGAGCUAAGGAGGAGAAGAAGCCUGAACCAGAAGAUGAUUCGGACGACGAUGUCGGCAUGGGUGGCCUUUUUGAUUGAGCUGCAUUGCAUGGCGAUUUUGGCUCUUCUGUCAAAGUUGUGCAGUAGAAUU